AUGAAGAUCCUUUACCUGAUCUUUGCUGUUCUCCUCUUCCUCCUCCAGGCAACUCCAGGGCUCAGCCUGCCUGCAGACACCCUGAGAUGUAUCAACAACAAUGGCUUCUGCUACCAAACACGCUGCCCUGGAACACUGUUCGAAUUUGGAACCUGCUCGCACGGUCGUGCGACCUGCUGUAAAGGGAUCUCCCUGGCCACUUCAGCAAAUGGCCAGCGGGUGACUCGAUAUCUCAACCACUGCCUACAGAGAGGCGGGACAUGCCGAUACGAUGACUGCGAUGAUGGUGAAGUGCAGAUCGGCACCUGCUACCAUCAUACCAUGGUAUGCUGCCGGGAUUAA